CCAAGAGAUAUUCUAAUAAUUCGUAUUUUCCAAGUACACACAAAUUGGGGGUAGGGGGAAGAACUAAGGUGCUUCAUGGUGGGCGUAGCCAGUUGUGGAUAAAUAUCAAAAAGGAAUUCCUGAUAUGAGGUAUAAGUGGGAUUUUCAACCAAAACCCUAUCCUUCCCCAGACUCCAGUGACAGUUUAACGGUCAGCUGCUUCAAGGCUUGUGUACUGUGCAGUCUUCAAAGGCACCACUCCUGUCUAUCUCGGUGAAAUUGACAGUGGAGCAAAAGGGACUUUAGGUGGUUCCAGGCUGGGGAGAAGACGUGCAGGGUUUCAGAUGCGAAAGUGGCACCCAACCGCUUCACUCUCGCUCUAGGCCAUCCGCAGGGGCCCUGCUUCCUUCCACCUGCGGGCUUUUUCUGCAGAAUGCGGGAAGCCGCCGCCGCCGCCAGGGAGGAGGGGGCGGAGGCAGAGGCGGAGGCGGCACCCAGGGGCCGGGGCAGGGGAGGCCGGGACCAUCGCAGUGACAAUUUAUUUUCCUGCAGCAGCGGCAGCAGGGACGGCUGCUGAAGGUUCGGGGUCGGCCGGCCUGCGCGUGGGUUUGCGAGGAAGCUGUUCAUCCCCUGCGCUGAGGUGUCCGACAGUGAGGAGGAGAGCGACGCACGGAGCCCGCGCGAGUGGAACCAGCAAAGCUCCAUCGGUCGGCACAGGAGAAGGGGGAGGAGGCACGGCCGAGGCAAACGAGCGGACGCCUAGUCGCCGGGUGCCGGUAUCACCCCGCUGCAACGCCUUCCAGAAAAAGCCACCGCGGCCCGGGUUGCAGCGGCCGGACGGAUGCCAAGGCCACACGGCAGGCGCGGGGGCAGCCGUCGCAGUCGCCGUCCCACGCGCGCUGCGGACACCCAGGGUUGCUGGACCCUUCCCAGCUGUAAGAAUUUACUGCUACAAUCCAAGAAAUGAGAUUGCAUUUUACAAGAAAAGAAGGCUGAUAAUUCUUGCCCAAAACAUGAGAAGUAGAAGGAAUGUGAGAGAAAAUAAUGUAGAUUCCGUCCAGGAAGUGCUAGGUGCUUUCCUGAUGAAGUGAUUGAGAAGAAACAGUGAACAUCCUCAUUUCACAGAUAAGACAGCAUGGAUCAGCCUUUUACUGUGAAUUCUCUGAAAAAGUUAGCUGCUAUGCCUGACCAUACAGAUGUUUCCCUAAGCCCAGAAGAGCGAGUCCGUGCCCUAAGCAAACUUGGUUGUAAUAUCACCAUCAGUGAAGACAUCACUCCACGACGUUACUUUAGGUCUGGAGUAGAGAUGGAGAGGAUGGCGUCUGUGUAUUUGGAAGAAGGAAAUUUGGAAAAUGCCUUUGUUCUUUAUAAUAAAUUUAUAACCUUGUUUGUAGAAAAGCUUCCUAACCAUCGAGAUUACCAGCAAUGUGCAGUACCUGAAAAGCAGGAUAUUAUGAAGAAACUGAAGGAAAUUGCAUUCCCAAGGACAGAUGAAUUGAAAAACGACCUUUUAAAGAAAUAUAACAUAGAAUACCAAGAAUAUUUGCAAAGCAAAAACAAAUAUAAAGCUGAAAUUCUCAAAAAACUGGAGCAUCAGAGAUUGAUAGAGGCAGAAAGGAAGCGGAUUGCUCAGAUGCGCCAGCAGCAGCUAGAAUCGGAGCAGUUUCUGUUUUUCGAAGAUCAACUCAAGAAGCAAGAGUUAGCCCGAGGUCAGAUGCGAAGUCAGCAAACCUCAGGGCUGUCGGAGCAGAUUGAUGGGAGUGCUUUGUCCUGCUUUUCCACACACCAGAACAAUUCCUUGCUGAAUGUAUUUGCAGAUCAACCUAAUAAAAGUGACGCAACCAAUUAUGCUAGCCACUCUCCUCCUGUAAACAGGGCCUUAACGCCAGCUGCUACUCUAAGUGCUGUUCAGAAUUUAGUGGUUGAAGGACUGCGAUGUGCAGUUUUGCCAAAAGAUCUUUGCCACAAAUUUCUGCAGCUGGCAGAAUCUAAUACAGUGAGAGGAAUAGAAACCUGUGGAAUACUCUGUGGAAAACUGACACAUAAUGAAUUUACUAUUACUCAUGUAAUUGUGCCAAAGCAGUCUGCGGGACCAGACUAUUGUGACGUGGAGAAUGUAGAGGAAUUAUUCAAUGUGCAGGAUCAACAUGAUCUCCUCACUCUAGGAUGGAUUCAUACGCAUCCCACUCAAACUGCAUUCUUAUCCAGCGUUGAUCUUCACACUCACUGUUCCUAUCAACUCAUGUUGCCAGAGGCCAUUGCCAUUGUUUGCUCACCAAAGCAUAAAGACACUGGCAUCUUCAGGCUCACCAAUGCUGGCAUGCUUGAGGUUUCUGCUUGUAAAAAAAAGGGCUUUCAUCCACACACCAAGGAGCCCAGGCUGUUCAGUAUAUGCAAACAUGUGUUGGUAAAAGACAUAAAAAUAAUUGUGUUGGAUCUGAGGUGAUAUGUUCUGAAUGUAAGCACCGUCAACAUCAGACACCUACUCACGGACAUGUGGUUGCCGGAUUUUCUUAAGAUGUUUCCAGAAAUGACUGAUAUUUUAUAUUUAUACAUUUUAGAUCAGAAAGCUUGAUAUUUAUUGCUGUUGCACAUUUUGAAGUUUUCUUUUUGGGUUGCUCUGUGUCAAGAGAGGUUACAUGGUGUUAAAUCGGUACCUAAUAAUGUGACCAAAUACUAUGACCAGAUAAUAAAUUGUGCUGCAAACAA